AUGUCGGUGCGUUUGAUCGAAGGGGCACAGCGAACACCGCAGAGAGAAGCAGUGACAGUGUUUCAUAUAGAAAGCAAAGAGCGGAGCCUGCCGGCUAGCACGCACUGCUGGGAAGCUAAAGUUAUGCUAACAACCAUGACGACCGACUCCUCACUUCUCAACUCCGAGCUGGAGUUACAGCAGCAAGAGGAGCUCUAUCAACAGCUGCUCUUACAGACAAUGGGAAAGAUGCAGUCUCAAAAUCCAGACUCCAAACUAAUCCGACCACAGCCUGGUACGCAUCUGGUGAAGACUCUCUCAGAACCAAGCAAGCAAAAGAUCUUUAUCAACAUCUGUCAGUCCAACUUAGUCCCACCUCCACCAGAGCUUUCCAGAGAGGAGCUCGUGGAGCUCCUCCAAUCAGAAGAUCCCAGCGGCUACAGGGUUCCCAUGAGCCUCGGCGAGCCACACAUAGAAAUCGACAACAGCUCUCAGGGUUGCACAGCGUAUGAUGUGGUCAUCAACCAAGAGUUCUUCCAAAUGUGCCAGAAGGAUCCCUUGUUCCAGCAAUUUGUUAUUCUGGUGUCUUUAGAGGGUUUAGAGAACAAAUACAGUCUGGAGCUAAGCAGAGACUGGAAGGUGCUGAAGAACCGGAAGUUUUUGGGUUCUGUUAGCGAGCAGAACAUCCGGACAAAGAGCAGACCGGUGAUUCAAGAGCUGAAGCCUCAGGAGAGCUCCACUGCUCCAGCUAAGAGACCAGAGUUCACUUUCGUCGUGGAGCCCCCAGCUGGUGACCCCGAGUACCUGAUUGCAGAAAUAAAGCUACCAGGAGUGACGUCGUCUCGCUCUCUGAUACUGGACGUCGGAGAGGACCGGCUGGUGUUAACGGCUCGGCCCUCACUCUUCCAUCUCGACGUCUUCCAUCCCUUCCUCAUUGACCAGGAGAGCAGUGUGGCGCAGUACAACAACAGCACUCAGAUCCUUACAGUCACCAUGCCUGUUGUGUCUUCAUGAAACUUCAGGGUCUUUUUUUUUUUUUUUGUCCAAAAAUGCUGUGAUAAUAAAAGUUUUUCUGAAUGCUGCUGCUAAUCCA